AUCGUCCACUGUGACGUAACAUAGCGUUCGUCUGCGUCUCUUUGUCGCCAUAGUAUAUAUUGGGAGCGGUCCCUACCCGGUUAUCAGUCUUACCUGUUCUCUCGAUCCAAAUGGCUUCUAAGACCGUCGUCCUCGUCCUGGCAGUGCUCGCCAUGGCCGCUGCUGAGCAGCGCGUCAAGAAGCAGGCCUUCAUUGCAGGAGCCUACCCCUACGCAGCCGCUCCCGUAGUGUAUGCCGAGGAUGAUGGUUCUUACUUCCCUGGCAAGUACGAGGGUACCGGCUACCCCUACGCUGCUCCCUACGUUGCUGCCCCUUACGCUGCUGCCCCCUACGCUGCUGCCCCCUACGUUGCCGCCCCCUAUGCCGCUGCUCCCUACGCCGCCGUCCCCUACCCCUACGUCGCCCCCUACACCGACGAUGGAUCUUACUUCCCCGGCAAAUACGGACCUGAGAACCAGUAAGACUUGACCUCUCCUUGCCCUCCCCCAUACCUUCCCUUCAAUCCUUUCCCAACAUAACUUAUUUGUAUAUGGAACUAUUUUGUUGACUUAUGUACAAUAAAUUCUAUCCCUCUUCCACAAAAA